GAGUUCCUCGCCCCCACCCCCCUCCCUCCCCACUUCGGCGACGGCGAUGGCAUCGGCGUCGACGGCGGCGUCGCUCCGCCUCCUCCGCCGCCCCCUCGGCCUCGCCCCCCUUCGCCCCGGCCGUCGCCUCCUCUGCGUCGCCUCCCCCACGGCGCUGGCCACCAGCGGCGACUCCUCCUCCUCCCCUGCUCCCAUGGCGCAGUCGGCGGUGGUGGACGUGAACCCGCCGCGCGGCACCAGGGACUUCCCGCCGGAGGAGAUGCGGCUGCGCUCCUGGCUCUUCGACAACUUCCGGGAGGUGUCCCGCUCCAUGGCCUUCGAGGAGGUGGACUUCCCCGUGCUCGAGUCCGAGGCGCUCUUCAUCCGCAAGGCCGGGGAGGAGAUCACGCAGCAGCUCUACAACUUCGAGGACAAGGGCGGCCGCCGCGUCGUGCUCCGGCCGGAGAUCACGCCUUCCCUCGCGCGCCUCGUCAUCAAGCAAGGAAAGUCAGUCUCCCUCCCACUCAAGUGGUUCACCAUAGGACAAUGCUGGCGAUACGAGCGUAUGACAAGAGGAAGGCGCCGCGAGCAUUAUCAGUGGAACAUGGACAUUUUCGGUAUGCCUAAAGUCCGGGCCGAGGCUGAGCUCAUUCAAGCUAUCGUUCUCUUGUUCGAGCGUCUUGGGAUUACGUCUUCAGAUGUGGGGAUCAGACUGUCCAGCCGAAAGGUUCUUCAGGCUGUGUUGGAUAUGUACUCUGUACCACAACACUUGUUUACUCAAGUUUGUGUUAUUGUUGACAAGCUGGGGAAACUGAGUAGGGAAGAAAUUGAGAAGGAAUUGAUUUCAACUGGGCUGUCAUCUGAAGCUGUACAGGGUAUCAUUGAAGUGCUCUCUCUCAAGUCACUGGACAAACUUGAAGAGGUGCUAGGCUCCGGUGUUGAAGCCGUUGCUGACUUGAAGAAGCUCUUCUCAUUUGCUGAGCAAUAUGGUUAUGCUGAUUGGAUCUGUUUCGAUGCAUCUGUUGUUCGUGGCCUUGCAUACUACACGGGGAUUGUUUUUGAGGCUUUUGAUAGGGAAGGGGAACUGAGAGCGAUUUGUGGUGGGGGGAGGUAUGACAGGCUACUGUCAACAUUUGGAACUGAAGAUGUACCAGCCUGUGGCUUUGGAUUUGGAGAUGCUGUUAUAGUGGAACUGCUAAAAGAAAAGGGUCUUUUGCCUGACCUGUCACGUCAAAUAGAUGACAUUGUGUUCCCAUUGGACGAGGAGCUUGAAGGGCCAGCAUCUAGCGUUGCAUCCUCUCUGCGGAAGAAGGGCAGAUCUGUAGACCUUGUAGAAGACAAGCGUCUGAAAUGGGUGUUCAAACAUGCGGAGAGGAUAAACGCUAGCAGGCUGAUCUUGGUUGGGAAAUCCGAGUGGGAGCGAGGCAUGGUUCGUGUGAAGAUACUAUCAACCAGAGAAGAGUUUGAGGUCAAGGCGGGCGAAUUGCAGUAGCUGUUAGCUGAUCUGAUCGAUUUGAAGGUUUCACUUUUCCCCCUUCUUCUUUCUGAUCAUCCUCAACGCUGUAAAUUUUGCCGUUCACGUCGUGUAUACAAAACAAAUGGAUGGCUUUGAAUGCUAUUGCUAUCUUCUUUCGGAUCAUUCGUCUUGCAACAAACAAAGAAAAUUUAGGUUUUGCCAUUCACCAACAUGUGUAUAAAAUGCCUUUGCUGCCUGAGAAUAGAAUGCUCAUCUGCUUCGAACUAA